GCAGAAAGAUGUAGGCAUGGGCCGUGAUGGCGGUGCCAGCAAGACUGUACAAAGUAGAGGUUUGCUAAACGCCCGUGCCUGAGGAGAAGAAAGCAUGGCGUCUGCUUCCACAGCGGCGGCGGCAGGUGCUCGUUGCACGUGCUUUGAGCCGCCGCUGUCUCAACGACAUCAGCAAAAGUUCGCGGCCAGCUCGCAGCCUUUCUUAUAUGCAGACAAGAGUCAAUUGAGGAGCAUUACUAGACAAUUGCAUCAAAAUGUCGCAGGCAAUACUCCCCUUUCCUCCAUUCUCUGGCGGGGCGGUCGGGGCCCGAAACGAAGGCCCCGAAUGCAUGGGAAUCCUCGGACACCGGUUCAAGUCAGCGCUUCCCGCUCAGGGCGUACUAGCACCACUCAAGAAGAAAGCGAUGAUGAGGAGAAGCCUCCGCUAUGGGGCAUUGUGCUCAAGGGCUUCUUGGGGACGCAGAACAAGGUGGGGGAGAAGGUCAUGGCGUCGCUGCUCAAAACGACGCAGGCGCCCAUCGGGAUCUACGUUUCGGAACCGGUCACGGCUCUGCACCGGUUGGAUCCAAGGGUGAAGCAGGUGUGGCUAUUCGCGCUCAUGCUCCUCCCCGCCCGCUCCACCCUCGCUGUCCGCAUCGGCCUCGUCUCCGGCGUGCUCCUCCUCUCCAUGCUCUGCCUUCCCCGCCGCCUCUGGAAAGCACAGCUCGGCCCCCUAGUCUUCCUCUGUUCAUUUGUCUUCGUAAUGACGGCGUUUACCGCGGACGGGGUGGCGUUGCUAGCUCAGCCCAAGUCUCUGCCACCCCCCCAGAUCGGGCUGCCGGAGAUUCCCCCCGCGACGGGGGGGUACCGUUAUGUGCUGUUCAGCUGGUGGGUGUUCCGGGUGACGAGGAAGGGGCUGCUACUUGCGAGUAGUACGGCGAGUUUGGCUUUCAUGGUGAUGCAGAGCGCCAACCUGUGCCUCACGACCACCACCCCCGAGGAGCUUGUCGCGUCGCUGCGCUGGUUCCUGCAGCCGCUGCGCCUGCUGCGCGUCAACGUCGCAGAGAUCGCGCUCACGCUGCUGCUCUCGCUGCGCUUCACGGGGCUCGUCUUCGAUGAGGUCCGCAACCUGGCGCUCGGCGUCGUGGCUCGGGGGGUGGACUGGAAGAAGCUCGGCUUUGUCGGCACAACGGACAUGAUGGCCGGGCUAGCGGGGCGGCUCUUUCAGAACCUUUUUGCGCAGGCGGAUCAGAUUGCACAGGCUAUGGUGGCCCGUGGCUUCCGGGGGCGGCCCGAGGACCACCAGAUCUAUUUGAUGACGCGGCUGCGGCUAGGGCUGCUCGAUAUCUUCGCGAUGUUUCUCCUAUGCUUCGUGCUGUUCAUAACGUGGAAGCAGAGACGCCCGCUCGUAAUUCGACUCUAGCAUAUCAAAUAGGAGAACGGCUCGUCCUGCACAAUGGACCCUUAAAAAAGAUGAAGAAUACAACUCUUGUCAAAACGGACCUCGG